AUGAUUAUGCAUAAAUUAGAUAAAAAAGCAGAAUUUUCGAGUCUUACUUUACCUUUGGGUUUGAAUGAUGUUUAUUUAUCAUCUUUCGAAAGUAAUGGAUUUGAUACUCAAAAACCUUCAGGCACUAUUGAAAUAAAAAAACAUGAGUUAAUAGAUGAUGGAUUGAGUGUAAUACCUGCGUAUAAAUUAGAGUCUGAUUUGGUAUGUAAAUUUGACAAUGUUGAAAUAGGGAGUAAAAUGAGAGAUAAACAAUCUGAAUCAUCAUCUUGGUUUAAUUUUCCUGAUUACGAGAAAACAGAAGAAGACAAGUACGAGCUUUUGGCUUUACAGCUAAGAAGUUCUACUGGGCCCGGUAGAUUUUAUAAGUCUGAAAAGCUAAUUAAAAAAAAUUCGUUUAAGUUUAAUUUUGGAGUCGUAAUCGACAACAAUAAGACGAGAACAGGUAUAUCUAGCGACUCUUCAACCUUUAGAUCUAAUAAGAAAAUGUCUGGAACGUCUCUUCUACAUGAACUAAUUAAUGAUUCAGAAACACAAAAGUGGAUGAAUAAAAAGUACUUUGAGAUACAUAAGGCAAAGUUAAAAGGCGCAAAAAAGUGGUAUAGAAAACAGGUUUUAAGAAGAAAUAGGUAUUAA